UCGUCGAGCCUCCUCACCCCCCGCACCAACUCUCGCCAUUGCCAGUCAAGCUCGCUAUAAGCAGCCAGAGAUUCAGGACAAGAGACCACGAUCCUAACACACAGCGUCUCUGUCAUCUUCGAUCGCGGCGGCACCAAAGGUCGCGACGUGGACGGCGAUGGACGCUCCGGCCAUGUUCACGCGCAAGCACGUCCCCGAGGACAUCGGCCUCCGGAACAUCGGCGUCGGCGAAGCGGAGGACGAUGGAGCCGGGGGCCAGGCCCAGCUGCACCGCGACGAGAAGCAGCACAAGCCGGUGCUGAAGAAGGUUAAGGAGAAGGUGAAGAAGAUCAAGAGCACCCUCGCUGGCCACGGCCACGGCCACGACGGUGAGCACGGCGGAGACGAGCGCAUGGGAGAGGAAGACGCAUAUGCCGGCAGCGACAGCAGCGAGGAGGGGGAGGAGGACGCGGUGGAGAGGGAGGCCGCGCUGGAGAAGGAUGGCUACAUGGAGGACAUCGAGGAUAAGCCCGUCGUCAUGGAGUCCGACCCCGACCCCGACCCCGAUGUGCACGGCGCGCCAAUGUACGAGUCGGCGAGGGCUCCGGCCGUGCAGGACCUCGUCGCCGAGUACGAUCAGCCGGCGUGGACGCCGGCCGUGCGAGAGGUGGAGGGCGACGGCGUCUCACCUAGGGUGCGGCUCGGUGACGUCGGCGGCCCCGUCGUCGAGGAUCCGGCCGCGCCGCGCUCCAAGACGCCCGCCGCACGAGAGGGUGAGGACAUAGGCACGACGCCCGUGGUGCAGCAGUUUGAGACCAUGAGCUUGUCCGACGGUCCGGCGCACGUGGGCGCGGCCAAGGAGGGCGCCAAAGCAGAGGAGUGGGAAGGCAAUGCCGCGGAUAUGGUGGGCGGUGUGGCCGGUGGCGCUAGCUACACGGACAGGCUCAAGAACGCGGCUGCCGGCACCACGGAGUACGGCAGGAAGCUAGCGAGCACGGUGUAUGAGAAGGUCGCCGGCGCCGGCACCGGCACCGGCACCGCUGUGGGCGUGGGGAAGCGCGACGACGAACGCACAGAGGCGGUGCCGGCGUCGAACACCCGCACGGACGCGGCGAGAGGCGCGGGGUACACGGACAACAUCAAGUCGGCGGCCGCGGGCACCACUGGGUACGGCAAGCAGCUGGCGUCCACCGUGUACGACAAGGUCGCCGGCGUCGGCACCGCCGUUGCGCCCAGCCGCCGUCAGCAGGAGGGCUCGGCGAAGGCGGAAGGCGCACACAGCGAGGCAAUGCCGGUGUCGGACACCGGCGCCGAGGAGUGGAAGGACGCCCCAGCCACUGUGGAGGAGGCCAACACCGAGUCGAGGCCGGGCUAUACGGACAAGAUCAGGUCCGCGGCUGCCGGCACAACGGAGUACGGCAAGCAGCUGGCGAGCACCGUGUACGAGAAGGUCGCCAGCGUCGGCACAGCCGUGGCGGGCAAGGUUCAGCAGGCCACGCAGUCGGCCGGCACGGCGACGCCCGGGGUCGGCGCGCAGCGGGACACGGGUGCCGCCGCCACGGCCACCCCCGGCGCCGGCGAGCAGGACAAGGGGGUGACCGUCACGGGGUACAUCGCCGAGAAGCUCCGGCCGGGCGACGAGGACCGCGCGCUGAGCGAGGCGAUCUCCGGCGCCGUGCAGCGGCGCAAGGACGACGCCGGGGACACGGUAGUGCAGCGCGUGCCGGCGCCCGGCCAGGCCGUCGCGUCGCUCACCGGCGGGAACCGGGUCUCCGAGACCGUACAGCCAACCACAGCCACAGGGGAAGACGUGAAGGAAGGGUAUGCGGCGGAGGCGCCCGUGAUCCGCGGGGAGGAGAUCGGCGGCGCGAAGCUGAACACGAAUGCCAUCUGAAGUGAUACGCAAGAGGAGAGCACGGCUGCUCUCUGAUUACUGUGUCAGGUUUGUGUACACGUGGAUGAUGUGGGUUGUGCUGUGGAGUAGCAGCUGGAAUAAACGUGCUGGUUGUGUUCGACGUGGUACGUUUUGGGUUUUACGUGGUGGUGUGAUCGUGUAUCCACAUGCUUUUUUACUCGUGUAUGUAUUCCGUUUAUAUAUGUUGAGAAUUGUUCUGUUUUUGUUGCGUUCGUACAGUCGCAUUCUAAAUCAUAUACUCAAUCUAUUUCGCGUUGC